GCAAGAAAAAUCAGCCCCCUUUACUUUUGUUUUUUUCCCGGCGAAGGCAAAACAGGACGGCGGCGGCGACCUCCUCGACCCAGUAGCGCGACUGAGGACGGCGGAGGUUCAGGAUUCCCAACGCGACUUGACUGCACGCGGAUGGUGGCGAUUCUCCUCGAACCAGCGGCGUGGAUCUCAGGACAGCGGCGGCGAUUCGGAAGGUGGGUACUGGGAGGCGCGGCCUGCUACUCGCGAAGCCCUACCCAGCGCCUGCGGCGGUCGGCGGGAGACCAAGGCUGUGCGACGGCGGCAGUGAGGCAACCCCAAGGCUGCGGCUCUCUCCCCUGCUGCGCAACUCACUCCGGCGCGGCCCUCACAGCGGCGACUGUUCAGAUCCUAGCAGUGGCUAUCACAGAUCCGAACGAAACGGACGGACGCUCCUUCCUCUUCUCAGAUGGCACACGGUUCUUACUCCAAGAACCCUAGGUGACAGCUUCUAGCUAUUCGUGUUCUCGUGUUGUAGAACCUCGCUCCGGUACCGCUUGUUGGGAAUUAAACACACAACACACAAAUAAUCUGCGAAAAAUGAGAGAAAAGGAACACAAACGACACACAAGAAUUUAAGCAACAGGAGGGUUUUCUUAUUUCACUUGUGGUGUCGAUUACAAGUACAAGUAUGCAAUAUAUAUAGGAAGAGUGCAUCUAGAGUUUCGUAACAUGGGCCAGGCAAAAAGUCAAGCCCAAGCCUCCACAAACCCAACAUUUUGGGCUUGAACUACGGCACUUCCAGUUCAUACUACUACCAGUUCAUACUACUAAGGCCUUUGAUUUUUUGUUGAUCUGCUAGUUACCACAGUUUGGAUAUUGUUUUCACAUUUGGGUCUCAUUACAUUUCUUGUUCACUGCUGACUAUGUAUUCAAGCACUUUGUAGCCCCCCUGAAUCCAUACUUGGAAUUUUACUCUGUAGUGAUCAUUCAAAGAAAGUUACCUCUGGCCUUAAAAGAAUCAGAUGGCUGUAGAAACUAAAAGCUGGCCUUACGACUUUCCCAAGUCAGAAGACUAUCCAAGUGCUAGUCAACGGGGAACAAUCACAGGUCGACUGCUAGUACGUGACAGGUAUCUAAACGAGGAGCUUAUCCCGGCAAAAUCUGCAUAUGUCGGUCUCGCUUCACCGGGUGCGGAUGGAUAUUGGCAAAAAGAUGCCAAGGGCUAUCAAUUUUGGACACAAACAGAUGACAAUGGAUAUUUCCGAAUCAGUGCAAUACGACCUGGAAAUUAUAACUUGUAUGGUUGGGUCCCUGGAAUCUUGGGAGACUAUAGAAACACAGUUGACAUUAUAAUAAGACCAGGAGAAGAAACCAAUCUAGGUGAACUUGAGUUUCAUCCUCCUAGAAAUGGCCCAACCAUAUGGGAAAUCGGCAUCCCGGAUAGAAAGGCAACAGAAUUCUUUAUACCUGAUCCUUCACCCAACCUCAUGAACUAUGCAUUGCUCAAUCAUACUGAAAAGUUUAGGCAGUAUGGAUUAUGGGAUCGGUACACGGAUAUAUACCCUUCCCAAGAUUUGGCUUACAGAGUUGGGAGAAGUGACUAUAAAAAGGAUUGGUUCUUCGCACAUGUCAGCAGGAAAGUCGGGGACAACUCGUACGAACCAACAACCUGGAGCAUUUCGUUCCCGAUGGAGAAUGUUAACCCCGCAGGAACCUACACACUCCGUAUAGCGUUAGCUGCCACCAACUUAGACAGAAUUGAUGUUUUGAUCAACAACCAUAGUGCACGUGUUGGGUUCACGACGGAUGGAAGUGGAAGGGACAAUGCCAUUGCCCGGCACGGAAGUCACGGAGUGUAUACACUUUCGAGUUUUGAGUUUCGAGGAAGUGAACUCGUGAACGGAGAAAACACAAUAUAUUUAAGACAGGCAAGAGGUGGAUACCGUUUCACAGGAGUCAUGUAUGACUACGUUCGUUUGGAAGGGCCAGGCGUCUAAUAUUUUUAGUUGCCUGUGAGUUCGGUGUAGAUAUAUAGUAUACCCAUUAUUUACCUUAGCAUUUUUUUUUUGCACGUAUUCGAGAUAUUUAUAUACAACUAGGCUAGGAUAAUCCUAUAGUUUUUUUUUAAAAUAUUAAUCCUACGGUUACUAGCGUAGUUUUGGACUUUG